AAAACCCUAAACAUUCUCCAUUUCCUUCAUCGCCAUCAUCGUUCUCGUUCGCUUCCUUCGUCUUACCUCCAUCCAUGGCCAGCAACGAUCCCGAGCGCCGCGAUGAGGAGGAGGCACCUGAAGCCGCCGAUGAUGAGGACACCGGCGCCCAUGUCGCCCCCAUCGUCCGCCUCGAAGAGGUCUCCGUCACCACCGGGGAGGAAGAGGAGGACGUCCUUCUCGAUCUGAAGGCGAAGCUCUACCGGUUUGAUAAGGAGGGGAAUCAAUGGAAGGAGCGGGGUACUGGGAGUGUGAAGCUUUUGAAGCAUAAGGAGAGCGGCAAGGUUCGUCUUGUCAUGCGACAGGCUAAGACCUUGAAGAUCUGCGCCAAUCAUCUAGUGAUUCCAUCGAUCAAGAUGCAGGAGCAUGCUGGGAAUGAUAAGUCGUGUGUAUGGCAUGCCACUGAUUUUUCAGACGGGGAGUUGAAAGAUGAGAUGUUCUGCAUUCGUUUUGGAUCUGUUGAAAACUGCAAGAAAUUUAUGGAAAAGGUUGAAAGCAUUGCCGAGGACCUCGGAAAGAAUGAAGAGAAAGAAAGCGAAGAAACCACCUCAGCAGCUGGGCUAUUGGAGAAACUUAGUGUUGGCGAUGAAAGCAAAAGCGAGGAGAAGAGCAAGGACGAGGCAUCCACAGCUCAGACAACAGAAGAGAAAAAAUCUGACGAUGAUAAGAAACCAGAGUAGCAUCCUUCAGAAGCUCGAGCCUUGCGUCCAUGAUAUUUGUUCCUGCUACCUUAUUGGAAUACACCCAUAUUUUUCUCAUGUUCCUCUGGAUUUGGUUCAUAAGUUUGUGUAGAUGUUAAGAGUGAGUUUUUGAGUAUUUUCAGUCCUAUUCUGUGGCCAUAUUCUGUGAUUUCCUUCCCAGACUCUUUCAAGUGUCUUUUCAUCAUGCUGUUAGGGUUGGGUCCUGUUUGAGUACUGGAACUAUUUCAUUCACUUUUGGGUUGUUUGGAUUGGUUACUGGUUGUGUUUGCAAGGUUUUUUUUUUUUUUU